GUAAUCCCAAAAUUCAAACAAACACUCCAAAAGUUUCAAAUGCACUAACAUUUCCCAAGCCCAGCUUCAAGUGAUCCUCUCCCGACGCUCCGUCACCCCAGCUAAACGGUAAAGCACACGAAAGGGAAGGAAGCUCUCAAAGCGACGACGUACUAACUCCCUUAGUACGCCGAUGCUUCAGGGCGGUCAUCGACUCUCAAAGCUUUGGCGGUCGCCAACAACUCCACUCUUCAACCUCUCUCACCGUCUCCUCAUUGGCUUUAAAUUCUCCUCUCUAUCUCAAGCUAAGGAAUUAGAUUCUUUGGACGAAGAAUGUGAGGAAUUUUUGCCUUGGUUGGAGCGAAAGGCUGGGGUUAAAAUUUCUUCAGUGCUCUCUAUUGGGAAAUCCGCAUAUGGCAGGUCACUGUUUGCUUCUGAGAUCAUCCGAUCUGGGGAUUGCAUAUUGAAAGUUCCUUAUAGUGUGCAAAUAGCACCAGACAAUCUUCUUCCAAAGAUUAAAGCUGCACUAAGUAAUAAAGUUGGGACUGUUGCAAAGCUUGCUAUUAUCCUUUUAGUUGAGCAAAAAAUGGGCCAGGAUUCUGAAUGGGCCUCUUACAUCAGUUGCCUUCCUCAGCAUGGGGAAAUCCAUAGCACGAUUUUCUGGAGUGAAUACGAGUUGGAUAUGAUUCGUCAAAGCUCAGUAUAUCAGGAAACAAUGAAUCAAAAAUCUAAAAUAGAAGAGGAUUUUGCUGCAGUUGUACCUGCCCUUGAACAAUUCCCUGAAAUUUUUGAAAGCUUCACACUUAAGGAUUUCAUGCGUGCAUAUUUCUUAGUAACAUCUCGAGCCUGGGAAAGCACAAAAGGCCUGUCUCUGAUUCCAUUUACAGAUUUUAUGAAUCAUGACGGGGUUUCAGACUCAAUUGUAUUAUUUGAUGAAGAUAAAAAGUUGUCAGAGGUUAUUGCUGAUCGUAAUUACGCUCCUGGUCAAGAGGUACUGAUAAAUUAUGGAAACUUUCCAAAUGCAACGCUGCUGCUGGACUUUGGUUUUACACUUCCAUACAACAUUCAUGACCAGGUACAAAUCAACUUCAAUAUACCAUAUCAUGAUAGUCUACGUGAAAUGAAGUUGGAACUUCUGCAACAACAUUCUACACCAAAAAUUAAAGAUGCAAUUAAUUGUUCUGAAGAUACUUUCAUAAUCAAAGAAGUUAGGUCUCCUAGAGGAAAGGGGAAGGGUCUUCCACAGUCGUUACGUGCAUUUGCUCGUGUUUUAUGUUGUGCCUCUCCAGAAGAACUUAGUGACUUGGCCAUGGAAGCUGCACAAAUUGAUGGCCGGUUGGCUCGGCGGCCUCUGAAGGACAGCCGGAGAGAGUUGCUGGCACAUCAGAUGUUAUUAUCUCACAUCACUCACUUAAUGCAGAAAUAUGAUGUAGCCAUCAAGUCACUUGCUCCUGCUAAUUUCCCCUCAAUGAGUAAGAAAUUUGCUCUUAGGAGGCAAAUGGCUCAAGAUCUCCUUACCGGUGAUCUUCGCGUCCUGAAGUCUGCAUCCACAUGGUUGAACAAUUACUGUGCAGCCCUGAGAGCAACAAUCCACUGUCAGAGUCAGUGAUCAAAAGAUCAAAAGUGAACUUUAAACGCUUGGGGGAGGUCUGAGCAAAGCAUUUGGAAUUGACUGUUUACCCAUGGGGGCUUUUCUAG